AUGUCGUUCCAAAAUCAGUUUGCUGUAGCCUCCUGUAAGAACCAGCUCAUUCCACAACAACUGACCAAUAACGUGUUUUUCGGCCCACUGAAUGCUUUAUCGCAGGCUAGUUUUUUGCAAGCCAACAAUAUCAAGUUUUUCGUUGCAGUGGGAAUCCCUACCGCUCGCGUAGCACAAUAUUGUCAAUCGUUUCCUGCAAAUCAAUUUUUGAUGGUCAAUUAUGACCCGCUUUUCAAUCCCAAUGUCACUAAUAGCCCUAUAGAACAAGAAUUGGUUUCUCAAUACGUCCAAACUCAAUCAGCAAGUCUAAAAUUACUCACCACUCAAUUGGGUGCACAGACCGAAACCAACUACAAUUCUGCUCGCGGAUUAACACCGCAGCCAGAAUUGGAACAGCUACUCUACAAAAACGCAUCAUCCUAUGAUUGCAAUUUAAUUACAGCUCAAACUACAGAUCUGUUUGAUACGUUCAAUGAUCUGCUUACCAUUUUCAGACUCUCCAAUGCCGGCAAUGUACUAGUUUUCUCCUCCAGCGGCAACGAAAACGAGCUGGCCUCAUUGCUCAUUUCCCAUAUUCUAAAUACUAACCCUCAAACCACGGUUCUGGAAGCCCUGCAAUAUUUGAGAUCCCUGAGACCCACUAUUGCACCCAACGGAUUGGACCAGGCAUUUUGUGGUACCAACCUGGCACUUUUUGCGGAAAAGCUUCGCACUAAACAUUUCUCUCAGGACAAUUGCAACGUUUCAGUUGCCGACUCUAGUCUUUCGUCUCAUGCCACAUCUCUCGCAACCAAGAGACGAAAUUUGCCAUCAUCCGAUGAAGAAGACGAUGGUUUCGACGAUGAGAACGAAUCUAUGAAUAUGUCGUUCUCUAGCCUUCAGUCCCUCAGAGCCGCAUCGGGAACACCAAAGGCAAGAAAAAUUUCGGCUCGACCACCGGGAUCGUAA